UUCCGCAUGAACGUGCUAAUAUUGGGCAGGGCGGUAGUGACAGUCCGCUUACGUGAAGAUGAGUAGCUUCAUUUAACUUAACAUGCUACAUUGUUAAACAUUUGUCUAAAACGUUGCUUGGUUCGUAUAUGUAAUACGACAUCACCCUCGCAUGCUAUGUUUGCUCGCCGCUAAAAGCUAACGUUAGCUGCUAUCACAACAACACUCGGUCUGUCACAACAAUACUUGGUCCGAAUGGCGUUGUCCAAAAGUCAAAGUGCGGGUGAUGAAGGUCAUUUGGUUCCAUCUGAAAUGGAGAUUGGCUACGGGGACGAUGUGACGCAGGAGAUUGGGGCCGCGGGGGAUGCUGGAGAUGUCUCCCUGAGAACAUGUGUCCUGGAGGGCUUCAGUGAGAAGGACAUGACCGCGGCUCUCAUCGCCAGUCUGCCGGAGCUCCACGGGCAGCUGGCGAGCAGAGAGUCGGCCACGGAGAAGCUCCUGGUGACACUCAACCACUACAGAGACCAGCCUCAUCUUCUGGACCCACACUUGGAAUGGAUGGUCAAUAUGAUACUGGAAUAUGUUCGGAAUGAAGACUGCCCUUCUUCCCUGUUUCAUUUGAGCUUCCAGUUUCUUUACAUCAUCUGUAAGGUGAGAGGCUAUAAAAUCUUCAUGCGGCGUUUCCCUCAUGAGGUCGCUGACAUCCAGCCGGUUUUGGAGUUGCUGUCCAGGCAGGACCCUACAGACACAGAGACAUGGGAGACACGCUACAUGCUGUUACUGUGGCUGUCCAUGACGUGCCUCACACCCUUUGACCUUUCUCGCCUCGAUGGUCAUUUGGAGUCUGAAGGUGGCCAAGCCAGAGAGCCUAUCAUGGACCGUAUUCUGGCAAUCACAAAGUCUUAUCUGGCGGUCAGUGAUAGUUCCAGGGAUGCUGCAUCCGUUUUGGUAUCCAAGUUCAUGACACGUCCUGAUGUGCAAAAGAAGUGCCUUAGACACUUUCUGGACUGGAGCCUUACAACCAUAUUCCGAACAAAUGACCAGUCCGUGCACUCCAUUAUGUUGCUGGAUGGAGCUCUCCAGUCCCUGGCGACACUUUUUAAACACGGAAAACGCGAUGACCUCUUACAGCACGCUUCUACAGUUUUGAAGUGUCUGGAACAGAAACAUUUGUCAGAGAGCAGCGAGGCCAUGCUAAGGAAGCUCAAUGUCAAACUCAUUCAGAGACUGGGCCUCACCUACCUGAAGCCUUGCUUGGCCCAUUGGAGGUACCAGAGAGGAAGCAGGUCCAUAGCAUCCACCCUUUUGACCAACACUCCCUCAACAGAGCCCGGUGGGACACAAGCGGAGGAGGAUUACGACAUUCCUGAAGAGUUAGAGACCGUUAUUGAGCAUCUACUGGUGGGACUUAAGGAUAAGGAAACAAUUGUGCGUUGGUCUGCAGCAAAAGGUGUCGGGAGGGUGACUGGGAGGCUACCCAAGGAGCUGGCAGAUGAGGUGGUCGCAUCAGUCCUAGAUUGCUUCAGCUUCCAGGAAACAGACAACACUUGGCAUGGAGGAUGUCUGGCUCUGGCGGAACUUGGACGGAGAGGCCUGCUGCUGCCUUCCAGAUUGACAGACGUUGUGCCACUAAUCAUCAGGUCCCUGACCUAUGACGAGAAGAGGGGAGCAUGCAGCAUUGGCUCCAAUGUCCGUGACGCAGCUUGCUACGUGUGCUGGUCCUUUGCCAGGGCGUACGAUCCUAAAGAGCUCAAGCCGUUUGUCAAUCAAAUUGCCAGCUCUUUGCAGAUCACCACCGUGUUUGAUCGAGAUGUCAGCUGCCGCAGAGCUGCCUCUGCCGCUUUCCAGGAGAACGUCGGCAGACAGGGGACAUUUCCACAUGGCAUUGACAUUGCAACUGCAGCCGACUACCAUGCAGUGGGAAAUCGCAACAACUGCUAUCUGAAGACCAGUGUUUACAUUUCCAGUUUUCCAGAGUACACCAAUGCAAUGAUUGACCACUUGGUCGCAAUGAAGAUCAACCACUGGGACAGUUCCAUUCGAGAGCUCACAUCCAAAGCCCUCCACAACCUGACGCCUCAAGCCCCUGAUUACAUGGCGACUUCAGUUUUGCCGCAGCUGUUGCUCAUGGCAGUGGCUCCCGACCUUCACGGUCGCCACGGCGCCAUCUUGGCGUGCGCUGAGGUCGUACACGCGCUCUACAAACUGGGCCUGCACACCAGCAGGACCGUAGUAGACAUAAUUCCCCCAAAAUGUGUGGAGGCGUUGAAAGAUAUUCAUCAGAAGGUAAUGCAUGCUCCACAAGGUAUAAAACUGGGGUCAAUAACUCACACUUUUGCUAAAUACCAUGUGUUGACCUACUUUCAGCUACAAGACAGGAAACAGUACAAGGGUUUUGGUGGAGAGCUGAUGAGGCCAGCGAUGUGCGGACUUAUAGAAAAGCUUUCCCUGUCCAAAAUGCCCUUCAAGACGGACCCAGUCAUCACUGGCUGGCAGUGGCUUAUUGACGACACCAUCAAGACUCUGCAUCUAGUCUCCAGCAGCGCCAAGGACGGCAUUGUGGCUGCUGUGGUUUGUGCCCUGACGGCCUUGUGUGAGGAGUACUACCAGGCCCAGACUGGCCAGGCUGAUUCUGAGAAGCAGAGCGUCGUGAUGACUCAGUACAUCGACGAGCUGAAGAGCCCGCAGAUGCUCACCCGUUGCGGCUCUGCCCUGGCCCUCGGCUGUCUGCCAAGCUUCAUGAUCCACGGCAAACUGAAGCAGAUCCUAGAGGGUCUCGGGCAGAUGCAUGGCGCCUGCUUGAGAGAAGGGCGUUUCCCAGAGGCCAGGAGGGAUGCGGUCCGAGCCGUGGCACAAGUGUGUCUGAAGGCAGGCGUCUGUGCCAGCGGACCCCCUGACUCAGUUCUCUGCUCAGACAACAUAGCUGAAGUGUACGCUGUCCUGCUGGACAGCAUGGAUGACUACAGCAUGGACAGCAGGGGUGACGUGGGGGCAUGGGUGAGGGAGGCAGCCAUGAGUAGCCUGAAGGAUGUGACUAUCCUGGUGACCAGAACUGCUCCAGGAAUUCUUCUACCGGACCAGGUGAAGAGCAUGAUGUGCGGCCUGGUCCGACAGGCAGCAGAGAAGAUUGACCGCUACAGAGCGCAUGCCGGCAACGUCUUCACGCAGCUUCUCCACUGUUCUGACCCUGCAGUACCGCACAUCCCCCACCGAGAGGAGCUGCUCAGCAUCUUCCCUCCGGAAGUCCAAACCACUCUGAACUGGAACGCCCCGUCCCAAGCCUUCCCCUAUAUUACCCGAUUGCUAGGGCUGCCGGAAUACCAGUAUCACACCCUCCUAGGCCUCACAGUGUCAGUGGGAGGCAUGACCCAAUCCACUGUGCACUCCUCGUCCCAGUCUACGUUUGAAUUCCUGCGGGGGAUCCAGGACGACCACGCCGCCCUACAACACUUUAGAGACACGUUGCUGAAAAUCUUUAGGGACAAUGCUUGCAAUGACAGGAUUGCCCUCCCUUUCCUCAAGAUGCUCAAUCAGAUGUUGUCUAACAGCUCCUUUGAGAUCUUUACAACAGAAGAAAAUCACCAGUUCUGCAUGGACCUCCUGGCUCUGUGUGAAGGCAUCAGGAGAUGCAGAGAUAUCUCCAAGCUCCGUGCCUGCAUCGCCGUCUACUGUGGCCUCAUCCAGUUCCAGGGUGACGUCAGGAAGAAGAUCCUCUUCCAGCUGAUGCUGUUGCUCUGCCAUUCAUUCCUCGUGAUUAGGACAACCACUGCCAGCCAGAUGUACGAGAUGCUGCUGACCUACGAUGACGUUGUUGAUCCCGAGGUUUUGGAUGAUGUCAUGACUCUGCUUAGUGACACUAACUGGGAGAGCGACCCUGCCAUACUGCGGAACCCCAGAAAUCAGCUUUGUGAUUGGCUGGAAGUCCCCAGGCCACGGCUGAUUGCUAAGAAACCUGGCUGACAUUCCUGAUCAUGUGUUUAAAGCAAGGUAGAAAAUAAUGACUGAAUGACAUCAUGCAUGGUUUACGCUGCUCGGAAUCAUGUUUUUACAUGAUAAUAAAUAGUAACAAAAA